CCUUUUCAUCGUUUAUAACGAGUCUUCCUUCAACAAACCCACCAAAAGCAUCUCUCCAUUUCACCAACCAUCUUCUCCCUCGGUUCGGCGGCUCUUCCUUUGAUCGCUUCCUCGCAUGGCUUCCAUUUCCAAGCUUUCCACUUCCAUCUCUGCUCCUUCUCUAUCCUCUUCUGUUAAAUCUCGAUCUUCCCUCUCCUCCAAGUCCUUCAUCGCCUUCCGCCCCUCUUCUGACUUCUUCACCAAGGUCUCCGCCUCUAGAUUGUCCGUUCAGAGAGGCUCCGAUUUGAAAGGCUCCUUGGUUGUUAGGUGUUCCCAAGGUGAUGGAAAUGGAGUCCCAGUGAAGAGAACGGUGCUUCAUGAUCUCUAUGAAAAGGAAGGACAGUCGCCAUGGUAUGAUAAUCUCUGCCGCCCUGUCACCGACCUGCUUCCUCUUAUUUCUAAGGGUGUCAGAGGUGUAACUAGCAACCCAGCAAUUUUCCAGAAAGCAAUUUCUUCUUCAGAUGCUUACAACGACCAAUUCAGAGAACUUGUUCAAUCAGGAAAAGAUAUCGAAAGUGCAUAUUGGGAGCUUGUGGUAAAGGAUAUUCAAGAUGCAUGCAAACUUUUUGAGCCUAUCUAUGACCAAACAGAUGCUGGUGAUGGCUAUGUUUCAGUCGAAGUGUCUCCAAAGCUUGCUGAUGAUACUGAAGGAACUGUUGAGGCUGCAAAGUGGCUCCACAAAGUCGUUAGCCGCCCGAAUGUGUACAUCAAGAUCCCCGCUACUGCUGCUUGCAUCCCAUCAAUUAGGGAUACUAUUGCAAAUGGCAUAAGUGUCAAUGUGACUCUCAUAUUCUCCAUUGCUCGAUAUGAGGCAGUCAUUGAUGCUUAUUUGGAUGGACUUGAAGCUUCAGGUCUCAGCGACCUUUCUAGAGUCACAAGUGUUGCUUCCUUCUUUGUAAGUCGGGUUGACACCCUUAUCGACAAAUUGCUUGAGAAAAUUGGAACACCAGAGGCCCUUGAUCUGCGAGGAAAGGCUGCAGUCGCUCAAGCCGCCCUUGCUUAUCAGCUCUAUCAGAAGAAAUUCUCAGGCCCAAGAUGGGAGGCUCUGGUGAAGAAGGGUGCAAAGAAGCAAAGAUUGCUCUGGGCAUCUACAAGUGUUAAGAACCCAGCAUACCCCGACACCUUAUACGUUGCCCCACUCAUUGGACCUGACACUGUUUCGACCAUGCCUGACCAAGCUCUUGACGCAUUUGUUGAUCAUGGAACCGUUUCGAGGACUAUCGAUUCAAACGUAUCUGAGGCCGAAGGAAUAUACAAUGCACUUGAGAAGCUGGGAAUCGACUGGAAUGAAGUUGGGAAUCAGCUUGAAGUUGAAGGAGUGGAUUCUUUCAAGAAGAGCUUUGACAGCCUGCUUGAUACUCUCCAAGACAAGGUCAACUCGCUUAAAUUGGUCAGCCAUUAAACUUCUGAGUUGAAAAUCAAAGUGUGAUGAGGAGAAAGUUAAUAAAAAUGUGGCGGGUUCUUAUUUGCUGCUGUAAAAUGUUUUAUUCAAUGUCUUAAAAGACCUUAUCUUGGAUGUAAUAUAUGUUGGUCGGUGCAUGUUUUUAGGGAUUGAAAAUUUGAGGGGUCCUUUAGUAAAAUUGUUGUUUUUUCUUUUCAGUUUUUUAGAAAAA